GAACGCCGAUUUUUGGUUUCGUUUAUGGACUAGCUAGCAUGAGCUGCUGGGCUAGCCAGCUGCUUAGCAUAGUGUAGUGUGUCAUUGAUUUAGCUAUAGUCUAUGAAUUAAAAGCUUGCUAGAUCACAAAGUAAAGUGUACUGUAGCUAAAUGACACCACGUAGACAUCGAUAGCAUGCAACAAAAGCCUUAAAACGGUGCCAGAACUCUGAAAUCUGAUGGUCCAAAAUGCCUCAAAAACUCAAGUUACACAAGAGUAGUCACUACAUUGAGCUGGGGAGUUACCAGUACUGGCCAGUUCUGGUGCCUCGGGGAAUACGCCUGUACACAUUUGAACAGAUCCCGUUGUUCUUGAAAGAAAACCCUUACAUUACAGAUGGAUACAGAGCACACUUGACAUCAAAACUAUGUUUAAAAAGCAUCUUUGUGCUGUCCAAUGAAACAGUCAACAUAUGGACUCAUCUGUUGGGCUUCCUCCUGUUCUUCCUACUGGGGGUGAAUGACAUGUCUACAGUCCUGCCGGCUUCAGGUGCCAACAGAGAAGACUAUGUCAUCUACUGCAUAGGACUUUUCUGCUUUCAGGUGUGUAUGCUGUGUUCAGUGGGGUAUCACCUCUUUUCCUGCCACCGCUCAGAGAAGACGUGUCACCGCUGGUUGGCGCUGGACUAUGCUGGAAUCUCUGUGGGAAUCCUGGGCUGUUACAUUCCAGGGGUCUUCUAUGCCUUCUACUGCAACAUUUUCUGGAGACAGGUGUACUUGGUGAUUGUUCUAGCGUUGAUAUUGGCCAUAUUCUCGGCUCAGAUCCACCCUCACUACCUCUCUAAGGAGUGGCAACACCUGCGGACCGCCAUCUUCUGCUCUGUGGCUGGCUACGGGGUCAUCCCCGCUGUCCACUGGGUCUGGCUCAAUGGAGGCUUUAGCUCCGCUGUCGUCCAGUUGUUCCUCCCUCGUGUGAUUGUGAUGUAUUUGAUAGCUGGAGCUGCGUUCCUCUUCUACAUCUCUAAAAUCCCAGAACGCUGCUUCCCAGGUCAGCUGAACUAUCUGGGAGCCAGCCACCAGGUGUGGCAUGUCCUGGUAGUGUUUAUGUUCUACUGGUGGCACCAGACUGCUGUGUAUAUAAUGAACUUCAGACACAACCAGCCAUGCCCUCCUCUCUACACCAAUAGUGGCUAGCUGGAGCCACACAGACUAGCAUCCAGCCACCAAGCAACCACAGCCUGUACUGUAGCCACUCAAUGCAAUCAAACCAGACUACAGACCGCCUAUAUAAGCUUAUUCUACAGAUGCCCAGUCAAGACCCAUAUCCAAGAACACCCAUGAUAGUACUGUUAAACCUUACAGGUGUCUGUAGAAAGCUUGAAACCAUCUCUGGUUUUAAGGUUUCUAUUGGUGUUAUGCAAUCAUGUCUGCUUUCUGCUGAGACUUCUGUAAUGCCAGGUUAUAAGAGAUGGAAAGACAGGUCAAUCAUAGCCUGGUCGCAGGUCUGGGAAGCAAGAUGGCACAAACAGAUCUGGGACCAGACAGGGUAAGUCACUAGACACACUGUACACAAUACAUAUACCGCUACAGCUGAACAUUUUCUGUGAUUCUCCAAUUAUCUUUUCAUAUUCAAGAUUUUGUUAACCUGAUUUGUAUCUAUUAAUUUGCAUGUAAGCUACUGUUUGAAUGUUACACGCUGUGAAAUACUUCUCUGCUGCCUUGAGCAAAUGGGACCUUACAAAGGGUUAUGUGCAAUCUACCUGCCUGCUAUCCUAUGGAAAUGGAACAAAAACAAAAAAGUUAUUUUUGUUUGAGUAGUUUUAUCUGUAUUAAUCAAUACUUGAAUUGUUUGUGUGUUGUAUUAUUGCCUCUGGCACAAACUUCAUUGGGUUCUAUGGUGGGGUUGAGUAGUUAUCUUACUGUAUUUCAUUAAUGGUGGGAUUGAGUAGUUAUCUUACUGUAUUUCAUUAAUGGUGGGAUUGAGUAGUUAUCUUACUGUAUUUCAUUAAUGGUGGGAUUGAGUAGUUAUCUUACUGUAUUUCAUUAAUGGUGGGAUUGAGUAGUUAUCUUACUGUAUUUCAUUAAUGGUGGGGCUGAGUAGUUAUCUUACUGUAUUUCAUUAAUGGUGGGGUUACUUUUAGUAUUAGUGGUCAACUGACCCCCUUCCUCUCACAAUCCACUUGAAUCUAAGGGCUGAUUCAAGAACUGUUUAGAGAAAUGUAACCAACUAAACAUAAACCCAAUGAAAUAGAUUGGGAGUAAAUUCCCCUCGCCUUAAUUUGUUAGUGUCCCUUUUGUCACUCACUGGUGUGUGAACAACUGCAUAAGAACAAAAGCCCUAAUGGCCAGUAUUAUCGAUUGUACUCCACAAUAGUGUAGUACACUUGAAUUCAGGUUACGUCAAAUUACUACCCGGUCUCUCUCCAUGCAUAUACUGUACAUCUCCUGCCAUUUUAAUCCAGUUCCCGGUCAUUUAAUUAAAGGAAAUGUAUCCAGCACUGCAAUGACAUUUUGAUCACAGGUUUUUAGAUUGUCUCCAGCUGACAUACUUAGCCUCUAGUCAGAUAAGGAUGCUCAGAACAUAUCACAGCCUGUAAUGACUGGAAACGCAGCAGACUGUUUGUUUGCCUUGUAAAUUCACUUUUGUUUUUAAGUAUGACUUUCAUUAUUUUACUGUGUAAUUACUGUAUUAUUUUACCUGUCUGUCUUGUUUGUUACGUUGUUCAACAUUUGUUUUUAAUUUAUUUUGGCAUGGUUGAUGGACCUUUACUUUUGAAUGCACUGACUAAAGGGGCACAUUAUUUGAAUCUAUCUGUAAUAUGACAUGUUUCUCUUUGCUUACUAUCAAUAAAUAAAGAAUGCCUCAAGCAAUA